AUGCCCACAAAAGCCAUGUACGAAGAUCUGAAAGGGAAGGUCUCCCUUGUCACGGGCGGAAGCACAGGUAUUGGCAAGGCUGCUGCCAUAGCGCUUGCACAAUCAGGGGCAAUCGUGGUCAUAGCUGAUGUUGAUGAGUUGACUGGCUGCCAGGUUGUCAGUGAUCUCAAGGCCGAGGGAUCUGAAGCUCUGUUCAUCAAAACCGAUGUUUCCGAAUCUACCCAAGUCAAGGGCACCAUAGAACAUAUUGUUUCCACAUUUGGGCGCUUGGAUAUCGCUGUCAACAACGCCGCAGUUCCACCUGAUACAUCCCCAAUCGCCGACCUUGAUGAAAAUCAGUGGCGAAGAGUGAUAGAUGUCAACUUAACCGGGGUUGCUUUCUGUCUGAAAUGGGAGCUUCGCCAGAUGCAGACUCAGCAUAAGAAUGGCGGAGGAAAGAUCAUCAACCUUGCCUCAGCGACGUCCAUCAAGCCUGAACCAAAUUUACCGGCCUACACAACAGCCAAGCACGGAGUUGUUGGCUUGACUCGCGUUGCCGCCAUCGAGAAUGGUGGUUACGGAAUUCGUGUCAAUGCUCUGGCUCCUGGUGCAGUUUCUACCGAGCUGACAGCCAGAACAUUAGCUUCAAUUGGCUCUAGCGAGGAGGAACAGGGGCCGAAAGUUGGGCUCUUCGGAAGAUUUGCCCGUCCUUCUGAGAUUGCGGAGGCCAUCACGUGGCUGGCAUCGGACGUGAGCGCAUAUGUCACUGGCUCUGUGCUGGUGAUGGAUUCUGGAUUGACGAUAAUUUGA